GCGAACAGUAUCGUUUCGACUCUGCAUGAGCAAACAGUGCGUGUCAGACAGAGUUCGAGUUUUUACUUGAUCGAUAAAUCCAACAGAAGCGAGCCAGACGACAACAAAUAUGAGAAUAAGGACAUUCCUGAUUACCGUGAUUGUGAUUCUACUUAUUUUUGAUACCGAUGGACGCAAGUCUGGUGGUGGACGUAGAAGUGGUAGUGGAGGGUCAUCGAGUUUUGCAAACCGAAGAUACUCUACAAGAACGACGCAGCGACCUCGAAAUACACAAAGCGGUUCAACUCCGACUAAUAUAGGAUGGAAUGUACCACCAAGUAAUAACAACAAAGCGACUAGUACUAAUGUUAAGCCUUCGGCUCCGGUAUCUGAACAUGCUUCCAAAACUAGUGCAACGAAUGUUCAAUCCGGAUACAAUCCGUCAGCGAAUAAUCCGCCACCAUAUAGUCCGUCAGGUGGAUAUCCUCGUCCGCCGGCUAGUAAUUCUUACGGAAGCCCAGGCUACAAUACACAUCAAGGAUAUCCGUCACCUAAUAUGAACAAUCCUUCGUAUCCUGGAUACGGAAGUCAUUCGCCAUACGGCCAAACUUCCAACCCGUCUAUGCAACACAAUGCGCCACCACCAGCUUACAGCCCGCCUUAUGGUGGACAUUCUUAUGGCGGGCAAUCUUAUGGCGGGCAACCUUACGGCGGGCAUCCUUACGGCGGACAAUCCUAUGGCGGUUUCGGACAGCCGGCUGUCAGUCCGUCGUACGUUCAACCGGCUAUUGCACAAGCGCCGGCGCUCACCGUUCUCCAGCCGAGCCGUCCGGGUAUCGGUCAACUGGCCAAAGAAGCGUUGGUUUACUCCAGUGUGAGCGCGGGAGUAAGUGCAGCUGUGAACAGAUUGCUGCCGGGUGGUAUCUACGGUAGAAGUCCAGGAAGCAGUGGCAGCGGCGGCGGCGGCGGCGGCAGUCACACCGAAAUUACUUACAACAAUUACUACUAUAAUCAAUCGAAUCCAGCAAACGGAGAAGCAGCCGCGAAUAAUAACGGCGCACCUAAUUCUGGCGUGCUUAAUCUUGGAGCACCGGCUCAGUCAGCACCAGCUCAGUCGUCGCCGGUCGUGACGGAAUCAGAGAAGAAAACUGAAGCUAAUGCACCUAAUAACGCUAAUCCACCUAAUUCGAACGAGCCGAGCCCACCGAAUUACCCGAUUUCUAACGACGAAGUUAAGAAAUUGACGGAGAAUCUCUUUGAAAUAGACAAGAAUAACGCGUACAAAUACAUCACUGUAAAUUUGCAAGGUGAGACGAAGGAAGACAGCACCACAGACGAUGCUCCAUUGCCCUUGCUAGAUGUCAAAUCUGAAGCUUACGAAAUCCCAACGAUUAAAAGCGUACUGGCGUUGCAUGAUAAUUACGAGUUAGAUGUGAAGACGAAGGAAACUGUCACGCCCGAGGAACGCAAAGAAGAGUCCGAAUUGCUCGACAAAUUUUUGGAGACUGACGUGUUUAAAGCGGCGAUGAAGUUCCUAGUCGACAAGGAGUUCAUUCCGAAUGAUGAGUAUGAGUUUAAAGACACCAUGAGACGUAUGUGGUUCUCACAGUUCCAGCGAGUCGAGGGCGAGCCGUCUAGUUCCGGUUUCGAAGCGGUGUUCUUGGCGGAGAAACUUGACUCUUACAUGAUCGGGCCGCAAAGUUGGAUUUACUUUGCCAAACAGGAAGCGCAAAAGAAUAUCGACUAUCGCGGAUAUAUAAAAGACGUCAAACUUGGAGACAAGGCAGAAGCUAUCAAGAUACGAUCCGCGUUUAACGUACCCGACACAAAGCAUUCAGUUACAACUCUUCUCGUGGGUCUCUCACCCGAGUUGGAAAUGGCACUCUACACAGUAUGUUUCUACCUUCGCCCGAACGACGUUUGUCCAGUUUCAUUGGGCGGAAAGGAAGUUAUGUUAGUCUCUACCAGAUUUAACUACUUUGGCAAAGAAAUUUUGAUCGCCGGCUUCAUUGCGGGAUAAAUUUAUUUAAGUUUAAAGUUGUUCUUAUUUUAUAUAACUUAGAUAAUUAAGUAUUCAAAUAGAUAUUUCGAAAUUCAAUUAAAAUCUUACAUGUUGAAACAACUCAAAAUAAAAAAUAUUUAUAUGUAGAUAUAUAUUGUUCAAAAUUCGUGAAUAUAUAUGUCUAUCCAGCAUGA